CCGCAUGUGUUGACACAAUUGAAUCAUUUAAGUCUCCGUAACAACAAUAUCGAGGACUGGCAUCGGGUCUGCACUUUGGGAACACUUCCGCAACUCAAAUAUCUGGAUAUUUCUGAUUGCAAUAUAAAGUCAAUACAUUUCGAUGACUCCAACUAUGACCACAAGACCACACUUUUCCCACAAUUAGAGUCUCUAUUGAUUAGUAGUAAUCAAUUGAAGACUUGGAAAGACAUCGCAGAACUGAAUAAACUGUCUGCACUGGAACAACUCUUUUGUAAGAAUAAUCCGAAGCGAUGCGAAGAGACGCUGAAAUCGCUUAUU